AUGUCGAAACUUUCUGCACCGCUGAAAGCUCUUAUUAACGCGCCUUUUGCGCGUCCUGGGCCAAGACCUGCACCUGCGCAAGUUCAGGAAUUGUUUGAAGCAAUUGCGAAUGAUGCUGCUAUUAGGAACCUCGGCCCAAAGUCCUGGUUAACUGUUUCGGCCGCUGCCACAUUUACUCUCAAUUCACCCGACUCUCUUCCCGUUCUUCACCAAGUCGCAUCGUCGAAGGACCCCAAUUCCGCCGUCCAGAAUGCCGAGUUCAUCCGCGAAGUUGGCCUAAAGUGCAUCAGCUUCAACGGCAUUCCUCGAACGAUCAACUCCCUCAACGCUUUCCACGCAUCUCUUCCCGAAGAUGUAGCAUCGAAACUUAGCACAAAAGCAAGCCGGCAACCGACGUCGCAAAAUAUUGACGAAGCAUUGGCCCGCGGCCGAGGGUUAUGGGAUUCCAUCUAUAGACCAUACGAAGACAAGCUAUUCGAGAAGCUUGCCCUUGCGCAUCCCGAUUUGCCUGUGUAUAUCCUUAGCAGCCAUUACUCCGCUCUCCUCUCCGAUCCUCCUGCCUCCGAGCGCGACACACUUGCUAGUCUCGGCCGAAUCCAUACUUCCAUGAUUGCCAUCUCUUGUCUACGAGCGCAAACUGGUGUUGGACCUCAAGUGCUAUCGCAUGUAUUUGGUCUGCGAAAGGCGCUUGAGGAUGGAACGUAUAAGAACGAUAAGAAUGGCGAGACGGAGGAGAGUGUCAAGUACUUGGCUAGUGAUGAGGGCGGACACUGGAUCUUGAAUACCGUGGAUAAGAUUGUCGAAGCUAUUGGAGGAAGUAGCUUUGCGCCAGGUCGGGAAUCGAAGAUCUAG